UCGUCGUGGAUUGCGUCGCGCGUGCACUGCGAACAGCCAAAGUCGAGAUUUCGCAUCGUACGUGUUCGACCUUUGCCAGCGCCGACUCUCUCAGUCUGUCCAAAGCGACCACGACGACAACGACGACAGACACUCGCCACCGGGCAGCACGCACACAGCGUACAUAGCCCGCAAAACGAACCAAGAGGCCGUUCACACACACCGCAUCACACACACACCACCACACACAUCAUGUCGGUCAAACGCGCGCCCGCACCGCGCCUCGCGCCAGGCUCAGCGUCCUCUUCGGCCCGCACGUCGGCGUUCGCGCCCCACCCCGUAUCCGCGUCCCCUGUGACCCCGAGCGACGAGGGCAAGACGCUCUCGCAGGCCUCGGCGUCCGACGACGACGCGGACGAGGACGGCGAGGACGCGCGCCGCGCCGACGCGGGAAAGGCCGCCAAGACAAAGGGCGAAGACGACUUUGUGUGGAUGUACACCGAGGAGCCGCACCGUAGUCGCCGCAUGGCGAUUCUCAAGGCGCACCCCGAGGUCCGCAAGCUCAUGGGCCCGACGCCGUACACUGCCCCGCUCGUGGCCCUCGUGCUCGGCGUGCAGCUCUACCUCGCGCUCACGCUGCGCGCGUACCACCCGCUCUCGUGGCGUACCCUGCUCACCGCGUACGUUAUCGGCGGGACGAGCAACCAGAACAUGUUCCUCGCGAUCCACGAGAUCACGCACAACCUCGCGUUCAAGAGCAUCCGGGCCAACAAGGCCCUCGCGAUCGUCGCCAACUUUGUCAUUGGCGUGCCGUAUGCCAUGGCGUUCAAGGGAUACCAUGUCGAGCACCACAAGUACCUCGGCGAGGACGGCAUCGACACCGAUCUGCCGAGCCGCAUCGAGGCGGUCGUCCUGAACAAUGUCGCUGGCAAGACGUUCUUCGCCACGUUCCAGCUCCUCUUCUAUGCCCUCCGCCCCGGCUUCAUCCGCAGCCAGAAGCCGACAAUCUGGCACGGCAUCAACCUCGUCGCCGUGCUGACGUUUGACGCCCUCCUCGUCCACUUCUUCGGCUGGCGUCCUCUCGUCUACCUCCUGCUGUCGUCCUUCUUCGCCGGCUCGCUGCACCCGUGCGCGGCGCACUUUAUCGCCGAGCACUACCUCAUGAACGACGUCGAGCCGGGCAGCGUGCAGAGCCUGGCGCAGGAGACGACGUCGUACUAUGGCUGGCUCAACAUCCUGUGCUACAACGUCGGCUACCACAACGAGCACCACGACUUCCCCUCGGUGCCCUGGACGCGGCUGCCGGCGCUCCGCGCCCUCGCACCAGAGUACUACGACACGCUGCCCCAGCACAAGUCGUGGCCGUACGUCACGUACCGCUUCAUCACCGACCCCAAGAUCGGCAUGUGGUCGCGCGCCAAGCGCGAGGGCCGCGGCGAGAAGAUUGACGAGCAUGUCUGGCACGGGUUGUGGAAGAGCAGCGAGGACGAUGAGACGGAGAGCGUCGCGUCGGUCGAAUCAAGCGAGAUUGAGCGCGAGAUGGAGGAGGCGGUGGAGAUUGGGUAUGCCGAGUAGGCGAGCUGCGAGGUGCGUGCAGAGCGGGCAGAGCGAGCGGGGAGCGGGGAGCGGAGUGAGUGGGCGAGGAAGCGGCCCGUGAGGAAGCAACGACGAAGACGACAUCGACGAUAUCGAAACGGCUUGAUGCCUUGUGACAUACACUAUACCAUGCAAGAUAUGAUAGAGA